AGCAUUGCGAUUGCGUAGUUGCAAGUUGCAGAAGUUGUUGAUCAGCAAAGUAAAGUGUAAUUUGGUUCCUUUUGUAACAGAAAACAUUCAAGAUUCAAGAUGCCAACUUGGGCUCAGAUGCAAAACAGUUUGAGGAAUCCAAAUAAUCCUGUUGUUUUCUUCGAUGUGACGGUGGGAAACACGGAAAUUGGCCGCAUGGUCAUGGAGCUAUUCGCAGAUGUUGUUCCAAGGACAAGCGAAAAUUUCAGACAAUUUUGUACCGGCGAGUACAGAAAAGACGGCGUACCAAUGGGCUUCAAAGGCUCUCCUUUCCACAGAGUUAUCAAAGAUUUCAUGAUUCAGGGUGGAGAUUUUGUGAACGGCGACGGUACAGGGGUUAUGAGCAUUUACGGUGGAGCAUCUUUUGCUGAUGAAAACUUCAACCUGAAACACGACUCCCCAGGCCUUCUUUCUAUGGCCAACAGUGGUAAGGACACAAACGGUUGCCAAUUUUUCGUCACCUGUGCAAAGUGCAACUUUUUGGAUGGAAAGCAUGUGGUGUUUGGGAAAGUCAUCGAUGGAAUGCUAGUUAUGAGAAAGGUCGAAAAUGUGCCCAUUGGUCCGAACAAUAAGCCAAAGAUUCCAGUGACCAUAACGCAAUGUGGACAAAUGUAAAGAUUGCCCUGCCACAACUUUUUGUAACGUUCCAUUGCUAAAUAAUAUUUUAACUGUAAAAAACUGCA